CAACUUUAGUCGGCCUCAGUGGCGCGUGUUCUCACCAGAACAGUGCCUCCGCGGCGCUGCGGCGGCGCCCGAAAGGCCGAUCCGACCCGGCAGCCCCCCGGAGCGUGCAUCCAAGCGUCCGCCACCGCCGGCUCAGCCCCGGCUCGACAUGACUCUGGCCCGCGCGGGGUCGCCGACGGCGCCGAGUCGGCGCCAGAGGCACGCCCGGCGGUCGGAUGGUCGCCUCGAGCGCCGAGCGGCUGCCGCCACGGUCACUUACGCUCGAGUUGCGCCAGGUGCGCCUCUCGGUGGCUCGGCGUGGCCGCACCGCUCGCACGACCGACGUUCUUCCUCCUCUGCGGCCUCGCUCGGGCCCGCUCGUCGACACGCGCAACCAGCAGACGCCCGUGUCGGAGUUUCUGUGCCGGCUUGGAGCUUCCGUCGCUGAUGGGGGCACGCCUGGCCCGGCACUCUCGCACACCAUGGAGCGCGGCACCGCGCGCGCUCACGCCGCCCACCUUUGCUGCCUGCGCAGGCUCUAUCCCGGCGGCCCCACUCAGAGCACCUCACGGCUGCGCGGCGUCCGCACCACCGCGACCGCCGCUUGCGCCUCACACUAUCCGAUCACGUCCGGGGCUUAG